CCGGAACCAGGUGGAACUGCGAAAAGAUCCGGAAAAGGAGGUUACCGUGAGUGAGGUCAAGAGUCACUCCGAAAAUGUCUCAUCGUGGGGACUGUGGAUACUAGGGCCCAUAUAUCGUGUUGCACGAAACAGUAGGGGAUGAUAUGGAGAUGCUUGUCUUCAACCUGUAUCCGCGCAUCAAGUUUGCCAAUAUUAAAGGGACAAGAUUUUCCACCUGAAUCGUCUCAGAGUCGCGUUCGACAUCAGGGUAAAGACACAUGAAUUGGACGGCAGCUAAGAUUGUAUAUGCCUCUGUCAUGACCACCUGGCGCCAGCAACGGCGUGUCUGGGAGGUGAGUCAGAUUAAAAUCCACUGGGAACGAGACCGUAAGUCCCACAAGAACAAGAUGGUCCCCAAUAUGGUGACAACGGUCAUAUCUCUCAACGAGCAAAAGAAAAGAUUUGAGACAGCACGCCUGUCUGAAGACGAGACCUCAAGAUUGGUUUACAAGAAGAAGCCCCCAUCCAACCCAAAGAACGGUGGAUCCGACAAGACUUGGUCGAGCCUCUCUAUACAUAGAGAAUUGAUAAGUCAUCGAAUUGAGCCCUGGAGGGUGCUUCAUGUUGGAGUUAUCGUGCGCCAUAAUUUCCAUCGAUUUCGCAUCUUUUUGGAACGGUCGUUCAAGCUGUCUCGCUGAGUGUUGUAGUAAGCCCCUGCAGCGGACUCGUCAUUGGAUGCAAAAGGCCUAGAGCGAGCAGACAUUAUAAAGCGCCGGCGAGCCUCUAUUAAUGUGAUAGGAAAAUCUCUGACAAUAGGCUACAUCAGAAAGUAUCAUACUACGUUUAUUUUCUGUUGGCAUGUCGGUCACACCAAGCUUGAUCAAAU